CCGAUCGCCGCGACUGUUCCCACAACCAGUUUCAAGCGAGCUCUCGAGCGGUAGAGUCGUCGCCGCCCCACAUAUAGUACCAUAGUAUUAUAGCUCCCCGAACCACUCACUUUCUCCACCCCGCCUUUGGGUACUGUCCAUUAACAUUUCCCACUUCCAAAGUUUCUGUGCAUUCAAGUGCGACUAAAAAUAGUAGCUGUUUCCUUUGACUUGGAUUGUUUUGCUUUGUGUUUUUGCAAAACAACAAUUUUGAGGCAAUUUCCAUACGCAAACGCUGAGAAAGAAAACCGCCAAAAUUGGUUACCUAACGAAAACUUCGUUUGUGCUACGGGACGGCAAACUUGAAGACGAUAUGGGCUUCAGUUCCCGAAUGGACUGCUGCGGGCAGUUCGUUAAGUACAGCCUUUUCAUAGCCAACUUUGUGAUAUUCGUGGGUGGAGCCAUUGUCUUCUGUCUCACCCUGUGGACUCUGGUGGAUCGCAGUUUCGUUAACGAGUUGCUCGGAACAAAUCUGUUCUCAGGAGCAGUCUACGUCCUGCUGGUUACAUCGAUCAUCAUUUGCCUGGUGUCCUUUUUGGGCUGUAUUGGUGCUGGAAAAGAGGUCAAGUGCCUACUACUUACGUAUUUCAUAAUAGUGGCUUUAGUUUUCGUCACCAUGCUAAUUGGCGGCGUCUUGGGUUACGUUUUUCGCGAACGAGUUCAGCAGACCAUGCGGCAGGAAAUGCGAUCCACAAUGGCUUUGUACGGCAGCAGGAGGGAGAUCACCCAGGCCUGGGAUUUGACCCAGGAGCGCCUGCAAUGUUGCGGAGUGGAUACGUGGCACGAUUGGAACAGGUAUGGACCAGUGCCCGAGUCCUGCUGCCAGGAGCUCUUUGGGGGCCAGCGAAAGGAGUGCACCAUCUUCCCAACCAUCACGAAUCUGUACAACCAGGGCUGUCUCUAUGUGACGACCAACUUCAUCAGAGAUCAUGCGGCGGUUAUUGGGGGGACCUCUAUAGGGGUGGCCAUUCUGAUGAUCUUUGGUAUGAUAUUCUCCUGUCUAUUGUUCAAUAUGAUCGAAUAGCGCCAAAGAGAAGGGGAAUUCCAUGGCCACGCAGGAAAAUUAGCUACCAAGGUCCGAAGUCCGGAGGAAACCCAUUUUUGAGUUAUAUUAAGAGUAUUAUCCAAAUGUAUGAUUAUGUUGACUCUGCACCAGUCAACUUUCCGUUUGUAUUAUGUAUGUAUAUACGAGUUUAGAAAACUAGUGAGUAUUCGUGAGCGAGAAACUUAAUUGUAUUGUUAUCAUCUGUUUUGUAUUAUUUUUAUGUAAUUCUGUAAAUUUAGUCUUAAGCUCCCAUAAUCAAUAACCCAAUGCAAUUGUUAGAUAUAAGUCAGCUUUUCUAUUGAUUAUAGAGAAUUUUGUUGUCUGUCCAUUGUUGUUUCUAAUAAAAUUAGUUAAAA